AGAUAACAAAUUAUCUUUUAUCAUCUAUUUUCAAUUUUCUUAUUAUUAAUAUUUAAUUUAUUUAUGAAUGUUUGAAAUAUUUGAAUGUCUUGGAGUUGUGGAGUUUUACAUCACGAAUCACACAGAAACUCGCUCUAAAUGAUUUAAUUUCCUUAAUUUUAUUAGGAAAAGAAAACAUUUUUAAUAUACAAUGAUUAAUUUACAAUUAAUUUCUGAAUGUUUCGAUCGGGUUAAAUGUACUUUCAGUAAAAUUGAAAUUGGAAUAGUUUAAAUUAAACUGGUAAUUGCAAUCAAAUAAGUAAAAAAUCUUCAAAACUCGUAAAUACUUUCUCAUUUGUCGUGUAUCAAUUCCAAUGUUCCUGGUCUUCUAACUGAAUUAUAAAUGUUGUAACAAAAUCUUUAGAAACUCAAUAAUCAAUACACAUUUCAUAAUCAUGAUGUUUAAAGCAAAAAUUUUAUUAAUUGGAAUCAUACUCACUUUGGUAAUUACUCUAUUAUUGUCGCUGUUGUAUGUGCGAGAACUUGAGAAUGGCGGAAAUAUACGGUUACGAGAACAGGCUUCUACCAUGUUUAAGGGUAAUAAACUGGGCAUCAUAAUACCAUUUAGAGAAAGGUUUGAUGAGCUCCUAGAAUUUGUGCCACAUAUUCAUUCAUUCCUGAAAAACCAAGAUGUACUCCACGAGAUAUUUGUUAUCAACCAAGUAAUUAUACUGUCAUAUUCAAAUAUGAUUAAAGUCUUAGUUAACAAAUUUGGAUUUUAUUAUUUCAACAUAAAUACCUAUAAAAUGUACAACUCUAACAGAACCACUUUUUCUGACCAUAAUCUUGAAAGAGCUUCUGUUAAUAAUAGAAACCAUUAUAACGUUACAAAAAAACCCAAACCUUCAAGAUCAAGAUAUUCAAAGGUUGAUAAUCGGCCACCAAGUUGUAAUGAACAAAUAUCUGAAUUCUCUCCACACCAGUGGAAUCACUCCAAUGUCUCCAAUCAACGAUUGUAUCCUACAAUGUCAGACUCUGCUGUAUGUGGUUAUCCUGUUCCAGUUAAUAUACCUGUCGACCCACGCUUUCAUACUUUGUAUCCCAUAUAUCAACCGUAUGUGCCAGUCGGUAUUGGCAGAGAAUAUCUAGAACCCAGUCAACAUAUGUCAUCCAGAGAUCAAUUUACUAGUUUACCUCCUAUUAAUAUUGCGGAUAACGAAUCUGAAAUUAAACGUACACAUAGUGAUCCAGGUUUAAAUAACCAAGAUGAUAAAUUUGAACUACUUAGCAGUGAAUCAGACCAAGGAUCAUAUGAUACUUAUUAUGCUAAUGAAGUGGCCGAAUUGAAAAAAGAUAAUCAGAGACUAGCUAAUGAAUUAGAAUUAGUGAAAAUUGAAUUAAGAAAUUUGAAAUUGGAUAUAUCAAGUAAAAAUAAUGACAAAUGUGGUUGUACAGAUCCAGGAUCUAUUACAAAUAUUGUUCAAGAAAUAAGAGCAGCUCAUAAAUUAAUGGAACAAACAUUAGAGUCAAAGUUAAAUUCAUUUAAUACUAAUAAAAACGAAAUUACUAAUGAUAGUUCUCAAUUGUCAUUAAUAAAUGAGCGUCUAGAAAAAUUGGAAAAAUCCAGUGACAAAUCAAAAAGAGUGGACUUGGAGAAAAGAUUUGCUAAAAAUAAUAACUCAUCAAAAAAAAGCUCUGCUGUCACAGCUUUGUGAAUUUAUAAAUAGGUAAAAAAGCACACAAUUAAAAAUCAAACAUAAUAACGAAUAAUGCCAUAAAUAAUUUGUCUCAAUAUUAUGUUAAUUAAAAUGUCAUGAGCAAUACUUAGAUAUACAGAUAUUUAAUUAUAAAUAAUGUGAAUGAUAUAUUAGUUAAUGGUGUUUUUAAGUUACUAAAGAGUAAUGACUAUUUUGUAGCAUAAUAUAUUUACAUUUAUUUUAUAUGCCUUUUACUUUUUCUGAGAUAGUAUUUAUUAAUAGGUACAUAGAUUUAAUAAUAUUACCAAUAGAAUACAUUUAAAGAUUCUUUUCAACAAUUUUUAUCAAUUAAACAUAUAUUUUUUAUAAAGAAUUGUGUUAUAUUCCAUAAAAAUAUUCCAUUUACCUUUUACGUUUUGAUUGCAAUAAAAUUCUAUAUAUAUACAUUCCUUCCAUAAUAAAUAUUUAAAUGUGUUUUAUUAAUAGUUAAAUUAUAUAAAAUUAAGUAUCUAAGUAAACUAACUGAUUGUAUAUUCUAAGUAAAUUUAAUAUAUUGGAAAUAUUAAUUUAGUGUAUUUUAAUAUUUAGUCAUUUAUAAAUUUACAAAUUGUAUUAUUUUUUUAUUGUUCUUAAAUUAUUCUGUUUACUGUCUGGACUGCUCAACUUAAUAUAAUGUAUUUUAUAGUAUAAAGUAACAAUGAAACUUGAAUAAUUUGAUUUGAUUGAAAUGUCAUUCAUAUCUACCUAAUAUAGCUAAGACUGUUUUUACAUAUAUUUAGUUCAAGAUUGAAUUCAAAACUUUAAUUACAUCUUUAUAGAUGGAAAACAAGUUCUUGUGUAUUAUUAGAUAUUUAUAAAAAUAAAAUAGAUACAAUUAUUUUACUACUUAGUUUCAUCAGCAACAUUCCUCCCAACCAAAGAUAAUAAUUAUUUUAUAAUUGCAUAUUGAAUGUUUCUUUGUGUAUUCCUUUUGCCCGGUGCUAUUUACAGCCUUAGUUUUAAAAAAUCAAAUAUUAUUUAAGAACUUUGUUGACAAAAUUUGAAUUAUUUUUUAACACAAUUUGUGGAUAUUAUGAAAAAAUAAAUAGUCUGUGGUAAGACAUGCAAGUGAGUACUAGGUACUACAAAUCAAAUUAUGUACCUAUACCAACUAUUAAAUUUCUGUUAUCAUUGAUAUUGUUAUACAAAAUUAUUUUUAUAUAUUAUUUUAAUUAUUCAACUUUUUAUUAUUUUAAUAAUGUCUUAGUCUAAAUUGAGUUAAUUUGUAAAGUAUCUUCUAUACUGGAAUAACGUGUAAGUAGUAUUAUUAUAAGGUUCCAAUGUGUUAUAUAAUAUAAUAUUAUAAUUAUUUAAAAAAUAUAUAUAUUGUUAAUACAAAAUAAAAUUACACUACACACAUUUAGUACCACAUAUUAUAUUAUUAUAUAGUUAUGUGUGUUCUAUGAUUUUUAGUUAUUUUUAAUUUCUUUAACUUAACUUAGUAAAUACUAUUAAUCUAAAUCAAUUAUAAUAAUUGAUUUGUAAUAUAUUGUAUUAUCAACCUACCUAUCUAAUCAAUGAACCGAAAUUAUUAACCUAUUUAUAUGAUUAUUAUAACUUAAAAAUAAACAUUGUAUUUUGUCUAAAAUGUAUGAUAUUAUUUGAUAGAUGUUAAAUCAAAAAACGGUUUGAGCUUAUUCUUAUACAGGGCACAAAUUAAAUGCAAUAAAUAUAUACUAAAAAAAACUAAAAUAGUAGCAAACUA